AAUCUCAACUUUCUUCAAACAUUUUUGUCAAAAGCUGUUUACUUGAUUAGCAUCGGAAGCAAUGAUUAUUUUGCACCAUUCACAUCAAAUUCCAGUUUGUGUAAGUCCCACUCGCACAGAGAGUAUGUUGGCUUAGUUAUUGGCAACCUUAAGAAAGUGAUCAAAGGAAUAUACACUAAAGGAGGAAGGAAAUUUGGGGUUGCGAGUGUGGUGUCUCUUGGUUGUUUACCAGGCACAAGAGCGUAUAACUCAGAAAACACAGAUGCCUGUGUGGAACAAAUUACAGAAGUCGCGAAACUACACAACCGACAACUUGCUAAAGCCCUCCUAAAGCUGAAGAGACAGCGCCAUGGAUUCAAAUAUUCAAAUCCAAAUUUGUACAAUUACAUAAAUGAAAGAAUUGAGCAUCCAUCAAAAUUUGGUUUCAAGGAAGGAAAGGUGGCAUGUUGUGGCUCUGGUCAAUACAGAGGAAUUGAUAGCUGUGGAGGGAAGAGAGGUGUGACAGAGUAUGAAUUAUGUGACAAUGUUUCUGAGUAUGUGUAUUUUGACUCUGGCCAUCCAACUGAAAGGGUUUACCAGCGCGUGUCCAAGUUGAAGUUUAGACAAAAAUGUGGAUUGAUUAGUUUUUUUAACCAACUUAGAAUUUUGCAUACAAAACUUCUGUUUAAAAAUAAGUUCAUGGUUUGA